AUGGCGUCGGCGUCGAGUCGCGUGGAUGCCUUUGCGCUGUUCGUCCCCGUGGUGGUUCCGCUGAUGCUCGGGGGCGGAGGUUAUGCGGCCUACAAGGUCGACUGGAAGACGGCCAUCACCCACUUUCUGACUGGACCGGGCAGAACGUCGAGGAUCCUCAUGCUCUUCUUCUGCUGGUUCAAUUGGAAGAACUUGCCCUUUGCGUGGACGUUCCGCGUCUUCUACACCAUCAUGUACCAUCACUUCAUUCGCAAAUCCCCGCCACUUGGCCCACGAGCCCUGUACAAGCCCAUGAUCUCGACGACCAGGGCUCCUCUCCUCGAGAUCGACUACAACCUCCACAAGUCCAACAGUACCUUCUUCACUGACCUCGAUGUCUCCCGGUCGCACCUUGUCUCAUACCUGCUUCGCUCCACAAUGCGCAAGCUUACCCACAACACCCGAUCGCGCCUCGUUCUCGACCCCAAGACCAAAGAGCCGGUGAGUGGCCCAUUGGGCAUCUUGCUCGGCGCUGUGACAUGCAGCUUUAAGAAGGAGUGCCCGCCGUUCAAGCAGUACGAGGUGUGGAGCCGGAUUCUGUGCUGGGACAGGAAGUGGCUGUACGUGAUCACCCACUUUGUGCCCAAGGGUACUGCGAAGCCGACCGAGUGGCUGGACCCUGGGUUCCGUGGUGUCAAGGUCCGUAGCGGGCAGGAUGCCACAGGCGGCUGGGAGCGCAAGAUCAUUGCGACGGCGAUCAGCAAGUACGUCUUCAAAGUUGGACGUCUGACCGUGAACCCGGCGCUCAUGCUCUCCGAUGGCGGGAUGCUCCCUGAGCGCCCGGGUGGUUGGAUGAGCGGCGAGGCGCAGGUCGGCGAUGAGAGCGUCGAUCUGAGCGACGUCGACUUGGACAAGGACGGGGAAUGGGAUUGGAGGCGCGUCGAGGCCGAGAGGAGGAGGGGCAUGGAGCUUGGAUCCAGGUUCCACGAGCUCGACAAGGCGCACGACCUGUUUGACGGCGGAAGCCAGGGCGCUCUUCGAACGGCGUGGCCUAACUAA